AUGAAGUUUGACAACAUUCUCUCUGAAGUUAACGGGUUUGGGAAAUUCCAGAUCCGACUCUUCCUGAUCCAGAUGUUCUCUCGGAUGACUCUCCCGUGUCAUUUCCUGCUCAACAACUUCAUGGCGGCCGUUCCCGCUCACCACUGCGACAUCAGCGCCCUGCAGGACGGAGGAGUGUUUGGAAAUCUAAGUUUCUAUCAGAAACUGGCGGCUGGCAUUCCUACGAAGCAAGACGGGACUCUGAGUUUGUGCCGGAUGUUCACAAAGCCUCGGUACCAGAACUGGACGGGCUCAAACAGCAGCGAGGAGGCCUGGUCCGUUCCCUGUCAGAAAGGAUGGAUUUAUGACAACAGCACCUUUAAAUCCACCUUGGUGACUGAGUGGGAUCUGGUGUGCAGCAGAAAAGGGAUGAACAAGGCAACAGCUACAAUAUUCUUUGUUGGUGUCAUGGUUGGAGCGCCGCUCUUUGGGUUUCUCAGUGACAGGUUUGGACGGCGCCCGUUGCUGCUGGUGUCUUACGUGUCCUCCUUGAUAUUUGCGAUUCUAAGUGCCUUCUCCACAUCAUAUAUAAUGUUCGUCAUCAUGAGGUUUUUCACUGGAAUGUCCCUGGCUGGAAUAAGUAUUAUCGCCAUUGCUUUAAAUGUGGAAUGGUGCAGCAUUGAACGCAGGACGUUCAGCGGAGUCAUCAUCAGUCUGGAUUGGACUCUUGGAAACUGGCUCCUGGUUGGAAUUGCUUUCUUUGUGAGGGAGUGGAGGAUGCUGAUCAUGGCAGCAACUUCACCUCUGAUUGUGUCCAUUAUCGCUUGGAGGUGGCUUCCAGAGUCGGCCCGUUGGCUCGUAGCGAAAGGGAGGUUUGAUGCCGCUCAUCGGUACAUCGUGAACUGUGCUGAAGUGAACAGCAGAUCCAAGAGCAUCACCAGUCUCACACCAGGGAUAUUAAUGCAAUCUGCAGAAGCUGAAACUGCAGAUAAGAAGCACACUAUUAUGGAUCUUUUCAGGACUCCAAACAUGAGAAAGCUGGCAAUUUGCUCAGGAAUAGUGUGGUAUGGCGUUGCAUUUACCUAUUAUGGGAUAAGUCUGAACAUCGCAAGCUUCGGGCUGAAUCCUUACCUCACGCAGUUCAUCUUCGCUUCAAUCGAGAUGCCAAUGAAGAUCGGGGUUUAUUUCUGCUUGGAGAAAAUGGGCAGGAGAAAAUGUGAAACGGGAGCCCUGCUCUCCACCGGUCUCUGCCUCUUCAUCAACAUUUUCAUCCCAGAAGAUAAGUCAGUGAUUCGUACGAUUGUGGCGGUUCUUGGUAAAUCCAUGUCGGAGGCCUCGUUUACAAUAUUCUUCCUCUACACAACUGAACUUUAUCCAACUGUAGUGAGGCAGAACGGUUUAGGCUACACAUCAUUUCUGGCACGGUUGGGGGUAUCCAUUUCUCCUCUCGUCGUGCUGUUGGACGAUGUGUGGCAUUUCCUCCCUGCAGCCACGUACUGCGCUGUGGCUAUUUGCUCUGGUUUGGUUACUUUGCUUCUGCCUGAAACAUUAAACACCCAGCUGCCACAGUUAAUUGAAGACAUCGAAAAACCCAGGAGACAAUCAACAAGAAAGAAAGAAACUGAAUAAAACCCAACAGGCC